CUCUCAUCUUCAACUGCAGAGAGCAUACGUCUUAUUGGAUUCCGAUUGGGAUACUUUUAAAGUUCAUUCGGAAAGCGACAAUUAUUCAUUCUGGAACGGGCGUGAAGAAGUAUACACAUUCUGGAGUAAAAAUGAAUAUUUCCGUCAAAGAGUUAUCAAAUGUGAAUAGCAAUAUCAGUCUUUUAUCAGCGGAUAACAAUUCACAUGGCUUUUAUAGCAACAAAACAGAGGGAUACGUACCGACUCCCUCUGUGGUGUUCCUAGCGACAAUCUUCCCAUUCAUGGUUGUUGGAAACGGCGUGGUUCUCACCCUUAUACUCAGAAAAAGAGGGCCAAAAACACGCAUGGAUAUCUUAUUUGCGAACACUGCGUGUGCAGAUCUGUCCGUUGCAUUUUUCCUGGUACUUAGCGAUCUAUUCUGGCAUCAGUCCGGGCAUUGGUACGCCGGCACAGAAGCGUGUAAGAUUGUGCGGUAUUUUGCAAUAGUUGCCACCUAUAGCUCCAAUUACGCCAUCGUAGUGUUGAGUUUAGACAGAUGUCAUAGUGUUGCCCGACCAAUGCAGUCAUUUUCUAGAGGUUUGGAAAGUUGUAAAGCAUACAUAGGAAUUGCUUGGGGCCUGUCGUUAUUAAUCUCUAUAAAAAUAUUGAUUCUUUUCCGCGUGCACUAUGAUAAAGACGGGUAUCCACAGUGCCAGAGUAUAGCUAUGGACCAGACGCAGUGGCAGAUUUAUUUCACACUGAGUGCUAUUGCGAUGUUCCUCAUCCCCGCCAUUAUAAUCACCAUAUGCUACAUAAUCAUCGUCACCAUUGUGUGGAAAAACUCCGUCUUCAGAUUACCGAACACAGAUGCAACAACGACUCUUACUAUGACGAACUUGAACGCAAAUCCAACGGUGCUUAGUGGAAGGCAAACAAUAUCCCGUGCUAAAAUAAAGUCCCUCAAAAUGACGUUUGGUGUGGUCAUUGCUUUUAUCUUGAGCUGGAGUCCAUACUUUAUUUUCAACUUCCUGGUCGUAUAUGGUUACAUUGUCAUAGCAGAUCAGCAGAUGUACCAGGUUUCCGUGAUGUUCCAGAUUUUGGCGCCAAUUAACUCGGCAGUAAAUCCGGUUAUUUUUCUUGUAUUCAACGGAAAAAAGUACUGUCAAAUGUGUAAAAAGGCAGAUUACACCCAAGAUGCAAAUUUUCCCAUAAAAUCUACAGCCUGCAGAUAAGAAAACGAAUAGAAAUAGUCAUCACGUGACUUCCAUUUGUAUCCUAGAAAUCAAAUGUGAAAUAACACAAGGUACUGGAAUUCAAGACUCAAUAGGUUGCAAGUUUUGUUAAACUUGGCCCGUCCAUUCCGAACAAAUAGAUAUAUGUACCAGCUGACUAUGACAUUUCAAUGACAUUGACAAUCUCCAAAAACAAUGUAUUGUU